GGUGCGUCGGCCACGGAAUCAGAGCAGAGGGAGCAACCUGCGCGAUGCUGAAUUAAUGAAGCGCGGUCACUCAACCAUCUUCCCAUACAAUCACGGAAUAGCUAAGCCUUUGGUUCUCAGACGUUUCCCCUCCUGGCAACCGCAUGAGCUGUAUGCUGUGGGGACCCGGCACGUGGCUCGUUGGCGUGGCGCGGGAGGAGCGGUGACCACGCCUUCGCCUUCACAAGAUGGUGCGCCCAAACGCCCACCAUCACCUCCGCCUCCACCGCCCAGGCGCCCAUGCCGCCAGUGCUGGCCACACCACCACGCCGCCCGACGCGGGAAUCGAGCUUGAGCCGCUGGUGGAGGACGAGAGGGGCCCCGGCGAGGCGGCGCUGAGGCCGGAGCGCCGCUACCAGGUCGGGCGGGACACGCGGGCGGGGAGGUGCGCGCUGCCUCACGUGGGCCUGUUCAUGGCGGUGCUCUCGUCCCUCUUCUUCUCGCUCUGCUCGCUCAUCGUCAAGGUGCUGGCAGACGUGAGUCCCAUGGAGCUGGCCGUUUUCCGCUUCGUGGGGAUUUUGCUCCCGACGCUUCCCUUGCUGAUCCGCCGAGGGGACCCGCCUUUCCCUCGAGGCCGCCGCUUAAUGCUUAUGCUUCGGGGCCUGGUUGGAGCUACGUCGUUGAUGCUCCAGUUCUACGCCUUCAGACACAUGCCUCUCGCCGACGCGUCCGUCAUUGUGUUCAGCGUGCCAGUGUUCGUGGCAGUGUUCGCGCGAGUGUUCCUCGGCGAGCCCUGUGGACUGUUCCACGGCGUGGUCAUUCUGCUCACCCUCGCCGGCGUCAUUCUCAUUGCUCGGCCGCCGCUGCUCUUUGGCUCGCUCUCGGAUGCUUACACGACGGAGAACUGGUGGGGCGCGGCGGCUGCCAUAAGUGGCACAGUGGUAGCCGCCAACGUCUACGUGAUACUGCGAGUCUUGAAGGGCCUGCACUUCUCUGUGAUCAUGACCAACUUCGCUCUGGUGGCCCUGGUACUCACGCCCCUCGUGUCGUGGUUCAGCGGCGACGGGUGCGUACCGCGCUGCGGGAACGAGCGCUAUCUCAUCCUCGCCAUCGGAAUUUUCAGCUUCGGCGGUCAGAUCCUGCUGACGAAGGCGCUGCAGUUGGAGCAGGCCGGCCCAGUGUCCAUCGCGCGGACAGCCGAUGUGGUUUUUGCGUUUAUAUGGCAAGCGAUCUUCUUCCAGGAAUUCCCGGACUCCCUGAGUCUGAUGGGAGCCUUGCUGGUGACAUCCUGCGUGUUUCUGACGGGAUUGAGGAAAUGGGUCAUCUCCCUCCCCGAGACAUCGAGUGCGCGGCGGAGACUGCGCUGCCUCAUGUGCUGACUCCGGCCCUCCAGAAGCCGUGAGUGGAGCAGCGCCACAAGCUGCCAUGGCCAACACUGCGUGGCCUUCCACACUGGUAUGGCUGAGAACCUGUGCGGCGCUAAAGACUGGUAUGAUUGAAAUUGCGUGGCUCUUCAGUACAGAUUGGUAUGGCUAAGACCAUAUAUUGCUAAGGAAGGGAAUUUAUAAGACACUGUGUCCCAUUAUGUAUAGAUUGGCAUGACUGAGAUUGUGUGGCCUUACAGUCUGCCAUGGCUCAGACUGUGUAAUUCUACAGACUGGCACUGGAAAUUGUGUGGCCCCAAUCUGCCAUGGUUGAGACUGUGUAGAUGUGCAGAAUGGCUUUGUGGAUCCAGUGUGGCCCAAAAAACUGCUGUGGUUGAGACUAUGGUUCAAUAGACUGACACCACUAGAUUAUGUGGUCCAGUGAAUUGCCAUAGAUGAAACUGUGUGGCCCUCCAGUUUUGAUUGUUAAGGUUUUUUGACAUUGGCAAUUCUUAAAACUUUAAAUCUUACUUGGGGUUUUCUUCUAUUGUGAGGAGUAUGACCUGCUUCUCAGGUGACAUUGAAUAGUUUACUGUAGGUAAGAAAGUUGGUAAUAAUUCUCUUUUCACAAAGAAAUUACAUAAAUUUCUUAAACAGGUAUUGCCUAACCCAUAUGAAAUGAAAGGCAGGAAUUAAACGGGAAAUAUGAAUAAAAAUCUGCAAUCAUAGCAGAAAGAAAUAUUUAGAUAUAUUAAACAAACAUAAAAGUAAUACGAAACUGAAAUGAUUAUGGGUUGUUAUUUACCUGUGAACAUUAUAACUACUAGUUUCACCUUAGUCUUACCAUGAUGACACAUCCCUAUGGGCCUGUGUCAUAAACUCUGUUGAUUGCAAUACAGGCGUAGCUUUGCAGCACUGGACCUUAAAGGAUUAUCCUUAAUAAGGACUUAUCUAGCAGCAGUACUUUUAAUUUUACCCCAUUUUAACAAGUGUUUAAAAGAUUCUAGUUUGUUCUUGUGUAUAUUUUGUUUUAUGUCUUGUUUCUGUACUCGUAUUAUGAGAGUCCUUUUUCAACAUCCUUCUGACAAGCACAAUAAGCUUUUUCUGUUUUGAUUUAUGAAUUCUCCACUGUUUUAUAUAUUACUCCAAGUUUGAUUAUUAUUUGCUAUCUCUGUUUUUUCUGUGUGAAUAUCUUUCACGUCUUUCAUCCAGCUACAACUUUCUACCUCAUUUCUCUUUGUGAAUAAAUAAAUAAUUCAAGUAAACAAGCACAUAAUCAUGCAUGCACACAAACACAUACAUACUGGUAACAUACACACGUAUAACUACAAAUAAUAUCUCUCUCUCCCUCUCUCUCUCUCUCUCUCUCUCUCUCUCUCUCUCUCUCUCUCUCUCUCUCUCUCUCUCUCUCUCUCUCUCUCUCUCUCUCUCUCUCUCUGCUCCUUUUCAUGUUAUCCAGAAUUACUUUUUUUUCUUUUUUUCCUUUCCCUAAAUCUGUCUUACCUUUCCCAUUCCUUCCUCCUGCCCUUCCCCUUCUAUCCUUUUCCUUUUUUCCCUAUAUACAUUUUUUUUCUCGUGCCUUUCAGUUCAGCCAGGUACCAAAUGAGCACAAAAGACCGAACAGUCACAUAUUUCUUGGAAAAGUCAAUGGUACAAGUUCAAGGGAAACUGAAUGUUCAUCUUCAAUUAUCUGCAUUUUCUCUUCUCUGCUUAAUUCCACAGAGUAACUCACACCAUCAGCAUGUCACAGCACAAGUAAGAAGUUUAAGGCUGUGUUGGGCCUUGAUGAUAUAUUCUUGCUAUAAUAGUACAUCAAAGGACUUGCUUACUGAACUGAAUCAUGCAGUCCCUAACAUACUGUGCUACAAAUAAUUCUUGCUCAUUCGAGCUUGGUUAUGCUCUUCAUGUUCACAAUUGUCAUUAUAUCAUUACCUCUGUUAUGAAGGGGGAUCACAUAUAUAUCCCAUAAAAGCUAUAAGCCAGGCUUCCACCUAAUUCCUCUGUUGAUGAAAUCCCUUACUCUGCAUAUCGUCCUUAAGCCAUGCAUGUUCAUUGAGUUCUGAAGCCAACAGGAGGAUGCGUUGCCCUUUACAGAUGCUGUCUCGUCAAGUUUUCUUUGUCCUGACUCGUAGUUUUGAGGUGGUCGUGUGUGUUGUAGAGGUAGCAGCAGGGUGUUGGUUUCCCAUCGUUCCCUCUCCUUACUGCAUUUCUUGUUAUUUUAGGUAGUGAGUAUGGUGCCCAUAAUGUUCAUGGUUGUGUUGUUGUCGUCUGUUGUUUUUAAUCUUAUGGAUUAUGUAUUUAUGACUGGAACUGUUCAUGGACUCUUCAUUUCAAAUUGGUCUUCUCAAAAAUUUGUUACCAUAUUACUCAAGCUACCUGUCAUUUCUUUUUAUCAUUUUUAUCAAUAUUUUUUUGAUGAUAUAAGCAGAAUAAUAUUGUUUAAUUUGAAAUUAUCAUCAUGAUUAUAAUUGUCAUAAGUAUGGUAUCCAUUAUUUCCUUUAAGCAAAUAUCAAGCAUAAAAAAAUGAGUUUUUCAUAGUUACAAAUUAUUAUUUAUUUUGUAACCAUUUUAAAAGUGGUCAUAGUAUAUAAGAUGCUGGUAGUUACAACUAAUUAUUUUCUUUAGUGCCAAAAUGUUCUUUUGACAGUAAAGUUUCAUCUUAUUUAAAGCUGCCGCUGAAAUCUAUUUCUUCCUUUUUCAGAAAUAUAACAUGAAAAUGAUGAAUUUAAAGCUUUUUAAAUCUCUCUGUGUUGGUCUGUCUUUAUCUCUGUCUUUCUACCUCUUCCUUUUCUAUCCUCUCUCUUGGUCUCGUUCUCAUUCUCAUUUUCGUUAGCAUUUGCAUUCUAUCUCUGUCUCUGUCUCUGUCUCUGUCUGUCUGUCUGUCUGUCUGUCUGUCUGUCUCUGUCUGUCUCUGUCUGUCUCUGUCUGUCUCUGUCUCUCUCUCUGUCUCUCUCUCUGUCUCUCUCUCUGUCUCUCUCUCUGUCUCUCUCUCUCUCUCUCUCUCUCUCUCUCUCUCUCUCUCUCUCUCUCUCUCUCUCUCUCUCUCUCUCUCUCUCUCUCUCUCUCUCUCUCUCUCUCUCUCUCUCGAGUUGAAAGCUUAAUCAAUAUUAUUGUCACUCUCUUAAAAGACGUUUAUUAAACAUCAGAUAUGAAAAUAAAAUUACAAGAAAUCAGAAAAAUAAAUUAGUAUUUGUGUGUUUGAAUACUGUAAGAACUUUAAAUAUGCAGAAAAUUACUUUUUGAAGAUGUGUAAAAUAGGAAUUGUAUCUUUGAAAUUGAAAUGAAAAAUACUUACCAUUUUUUUGAAGAUUGAAUUUUCUGGCGUGAUGGAGUAUUUCUUUUUUUAGAAGAUAGAAUUUUCAAGUUAGAUUUGAUAUGCUAAAUAAAAUUUGAAUACCUUGAUUUUGUAACUUCCCUAAUGUUUGAAAAUAAUAAAUUAGUUGUCAUGUUUUCAGAGAUUUCUUAUUUUAGAUUUUAUGUGAUAGGACCAAGGCUGUAAUAGUUAAACUGUAACAAACUGUCCUGUAAAUAUGAAUCUUACAAGUGGAUGUGAAAAAAAAAAAGUAUGAAAAAGUAUAUACAGUGAGAUUAUGAAUGUUUAAGGGUAUUUCUUGUUAGUGGAAAUUAUGAUAUAUACUUUACCUAUGAGUGAAAUGUAAUCAAAUUGAUAUAUUAACUUAAGGAUAUCUGGAUAAAAAACAUAUCAGCAUUUUGUUGUUUAAGGUUGUAUAAGAUGAACAAAAUCAUCAUCAAUCAAUAAGAUGAAGUAUGUUAAGAACCCAUUCGUAUAUACUGUAUACACAUGCUUAUGCACAUUUACAUUUCUAAUUACACAAUUAUUAUGCUCAUUGCCAAAUUCACACUCUUGCUUGCGCCCACACUUACACUCACACUCAUAUGCUCAUACACAAAGUAUGAAGACAAACACGUAUCUUUGUAAAUUUAAAAUCAAAUCCGAUACAAAUAGAAGGAAGAUUGUGACACAUGAUUUUUAAUUUUACUGCUGAGGACAUUGCUUGGUAUAUCUGAGUAUUAUAUUUAGACUGUAUAACUUUCUUCAAAAGUGCUGAUUACUCUGUUGCAUUCCUCAUAGUUGAUAAUGAUCAGAAUAAUUAUCAUGCAAGAAGAGAGAGAAAAAAACUUCUGAAUUUGAAAUGAAGAUAAUCAUGUCACAGAUGCUAAGUUAUACUUUCACCACAAAAUAAACUAUUGUUGUAAACCAUUAAAAAGAGAAAAUACAUCAGAGGAAGGAAACGUUAUAUUGGUUAUAUGAAUUUAAUGUCAAAGUUAAAAGAGAUGGAUAUUAAUGUCAAAGUUUAAAGAAUUAAUUUUUAAUGUCAGAGUAGAAUUACAUAAUUUUAUAGUCACUUGGUGUUCUUUUGUCACUUUGACUGAGGAGCAUAUAUAUUUCUCUAAAAUGUAAUGUGCAAAGCAGUAUUACAACAUUGUUUUCUUGAGCAAGACUAUAGUAAUUAUAGAAUCAACUUCAUUCUAUUGCAAGAUUUUGAAAAUUAUGAUUAGAAAUUGGAUUCAGGUUUUAUUGCUCUAUAUUUGUACAAUAUAUUUUCACUCAGUAUUAUAAAUCUUUGUAUAUUGUUUUAGAAAUUAAAUUUGCCAAAUUAGGAUUAGUUUAAUAUUAACAUUCAGCAUGAAAUAGUAACAAAGAGUUUAUGAAUGUUUCAGUUCUAUAUGUUAUGUAUUCAAUAUUUCAGUCAGUAUCGUGUGAUUCAAUUUACAGAUGACAUCUUGAAUGACACAUUAAAAACAUUUUUAAAAAUUUAUGACAAUAAUGCAGAAUGUAUCAGCACUUGCUUCAACAUCAGUGCUGUGAUUCACGGUGUUGUGUAUGUCAGAAUAUAACAUGAAAAAUGUAAUGUAGUAUAGAUAUAACAGUUUUGCAAGGGGAGAAAAAGUACAUUCUGUUCUUGUUCUCUGUUGAGUGUGAAAAGCUGUUUUGCAUGCUUUUAUUCUAUAACUAAUCCAUUUUCAAGUUUGUUCUUGUAAAACCUGUUUUUGCUUUGAAUCUGUAACUUAAUAGAUUUUGUGUCUACAUUUAAUUUUUUAUUUGAAUUUCUGAAUGUACUGUAUCUUGUAUUCUUGUUAACAUCUUUUUUAAAGCUGUGGCAUUCAGAUGAAGAUAUUUCUUGAAUCUUCUUACAUGAAACAGUAUUAUCAGUAAAUAUUUUUUUUAUUCGAAAGCCACAACAUUUUUUUUCUUUUUUUUCAAUGGCAUUAAUUAAGGUGUAUGUAACAAUGCUGAACAAAGCAUCUUGUUAUCAUGCAUUUUGAAAGAAAUACUGCUAUAGUCAUUUAGGAAAUUUUGAAUUAAGUUUCUUUGUUAGGAGACUUAAAAGAAAUGUUGCAUCAUAGAAGAGUAAGUAUUAGACUCUAUGAUGAUAGUGGAGAGUGUAUGAAAAUAGUGGAGUUUGGUUGACUUCUGGUGAGUGUAGACUGUGUUUGAGCAAAGAAAACGUGAACUGUGUAAGGUAAACGUGCACUGUACUUUUGUGAUAGUUAUUUACGUAGGGCCAUUAGAUUUUCUUAAUUGUUGGGAAAUGCUAGUUCGGCAGUGAUGUGUUUUUCUUUUUUCUUCAGUUGGUUUUUGAUGGCAGUUCAUACUGAUCGCUGAGCAAAAUGGCUUUGGUGAAUGAGGCUUUUUUAGGUUGAGACUGUGAAUUUGGUGCCUUUCAGAUACUUGAAGAGGACUUGUUUUUUGGAGUGUUAUCGCUUGAUGUGAUUGGUAUUCAGUAACCCUGCUUAUCAUACAAAGUCCUUGAUUUGAGUUGUGUGUGAUGUGUCCAGCUGUUCAAGAGCAGUUGCUUGUCUUUGUAAAGUAUGGUGUUGUGCAGAAGAACUGUUCGCAUGCAUGUACAGUUUGUUUAAUUUGCAUAAGGUUAAAUUAGCGCAUUGUGUGUGUUCUUUUCUGAUGUAACCUUGGCUUCAGUGUUGGUUAAUUGGUAUAUUGAAGUUAUGGAGAUUUAUAUUAUGACUAUUAGCUGGUUGUCAAAUAUAAGGCUGGUAUGAGACAUGUGGGUUUGGUUAUAUGUAUGCAAAGAAUAUGACCAGAGCUUAUAGAUGAAGUUUUGCUACCUGAAGAAAGAUUGAGAUGCACAGCAAAAUGGUAGUAGGACUGUAAUUUACCUGAUGUACCCAUAUUGUGCAUAUCCGUAUUAUAUUUUUUUUCUUUUCCUUUGUUUAAUUCUUUUUACAAUUGGAUAUUCAUAAGGAGCAUUUGGCUGACUGUUACUUUUGGAACCUGAGAGCAAGUUUUCCUUUGAAUUAUAAAACUAUUUGGAGCACCAGUUUUUAUUUAUUUUUUUAUUACAAAAUUCAGAUAAGAUUAAAACAGUGGUGUAAAUAUUACUCAUGAGCUCAUAUUCGAUGCUUGGUAACAAAUGUUUCUUUUGUUUUCCUGAUAACCAAUAUCUGUCAGUUCAGUAAUAUAUAAUUUUAUUUAAACAUUUUGUUCAAAUGAAAGCUAAGAGACAAAUAGUGAGGUAAGAGCAACUAUUGUACAUAUUAGUCCAGAUUACCGUUUGAAUUAUUGAGCUUUGACUGGAAUGGAUGUGAGUUUAGUUUCAUUGUCAAUUGGUAACUGUUGUUUGGUGUCUGUUGUGUUACUGGAGUUUGGCUGUAGGAUAUAUGUACAUACUUGAGAUGAUGUGGCAGGAACAUUUGUUUGGGAUAAUUCCUUAGCGGUAUGUAGGAUUGCAUACUGAAAACAAUAGAUGAAAUUCAAGAGUUAACUGAAAUUCAUACAACAAGUUUAGGACACAAGAAUUUGCAGGUUGUAAGCAACAUAUUUUUUCAAUUACUUUCAUCAGCUAGAAUUUCUGAGGCUUUAUCCUCAAUCUACAGAGCUUUGCUUUAGUAUAUACUUGAGAAGAAAGUAAAAGGAAUUCUCUUUGAAAGCCUUGUUACAUAAACCACGUAACAAGACAAAAAGCAGAACUGUAUAGAUUUUUAUACCUGCCUUUGCUUUGUUUUGACUUUAUUUGACAACACUUAGCAGUCAGAAUCUUAGCCAAAAAGAUUUUUGAAAAUCUUUAACAUGUAGUUUUGUAAUGUGUGAAAAAUAUUAUUAGGAGUAUAAUAAUAAUAAAUAAUAAUAGGAAUAAUCUCUCGCUUUAUUUCUCACUAAAUCUUUUCAGUGUUAGAAAUCUUUACAUAUAUAUAUCAGUUACUAUCUGAAAUUACCAAUAUUUUAUCUUGGAUUUAAUAGAUUUUCUUUUUUUUUUUUUUUUUUUU